CCGAAAGCAAAGAGGUCUAGAACUCUGCUAUAGUAUCGUAUUUGAAUCGAAAUGGACGUUAUACACCGUUGAUAUUGUUGUAUUAACGAGUAGGACUAUUUGAGCUAUGAACUGCGAAUCAGUAGACUGUAAAAAUUUAAAUAUUAGAACCCGAGACCACAGAUUGCCACCCACUACAAUUUAUAACAUUUCACUGGAUAAAAACUUAAAUUCAUCUAACAUGACACCAGGGAAAUAUUUCCUUAAAAGACCAGCACAGUACACAUUACUUAUAUAGAACUCUUACCUGUAUAAGAACACGUGACCACGUUUUGAGCAGAGCGUUGUUGAGAGUUAUAGUGUGACACGACUAGUACCUACAUAUAGUGAGUGAAACUCUGAACCGCAACAGAAUACAAAAAGAUCUCAAAAUUGGAUUAUUCCUGUAAUAUAGAUAUACCAAAUAAAGGGCGUUUUAUAAAAGGAAGCGGUUUGAUGAAUUCACUGUGACCCGAGUGUUUGGUUGUUUUAAUAAGUAACUUGAAAAUCAAUAUUUUGAUUGGGUGACAUUUAAAACGAUUGAGUGAUAGCGACACUUUAUUCGGGUUUUAGUUGCAAAAUGGAUAACAACGGUUUUCAAAAUCUAACCGGUUCCAGUACUGUGUGGGUAGGAAACAAUCCAUACUUAGUAACCCCUUCUGGUAUCAUUCCAUUAACAAGUGGGUUAUCUUCUCUUUCCCUCGGACCAAACCAGAUGACAGUACCACCAUCAGCAGCAGGAAGUCAAGGUAAUCAAUAUUACGUUGUUUCUGUACAAGAAUCUCCUACAAAGGCAUCCCCACCAAUACUAAACAAUCCACGAACUGGGCUUGGUCUAUAUAAUGGAGGGCAACUUACGGCCAGUACACCAAAUUUGGGAUACGAUGCAGGUAUAAACAACUUCAACAAUUUUCAGUAUGAACCCCAGCCAUAUGGACAACCGAAUGAAUCUAAUUUUAGCCAUGGGCUUCCCGGUCAGCCUUAUACAGCAGCCUUACUGAGUGGACUUCCAAAACAACAGCUGAUGCCACAGCCGAUACCAAAUGGGUUUGUCGCUCACCAGAAUGGUAAUGGUAAUCAUCCACAAUAUAUAUCGAAUUUAACAAAUGCCAAUCCUAACCUAUCGCAAAGCCAACGCAUUUCAACAAGUAACCAAUCAGACCAUCUACCUCUAGUUUCUCCCAGCCUUUCCAGCUCCAGUACACUUAAGGCCAGUACACCAAACUUGGGAUACGAUGCAGGUAUAAACAACUUCAACAAUCUUCAGUAUCAACCCCAGCCAUAUGGACAACCGAAUGAAUCUAAUUUUACCCAUGGGCUUCCCGGUCAGCCUUAUACAGCAGCCUUAUUCAGUGGACUUCCAAAACAACAGCUGAUGCCACAGCCGAUACCAAAUGGGUUUGUCGCUCACCAGAAUGGUAACGGUAAUCCACAAUAUAUAUCGAAUUUAACAAAUGGCAAUCCUAACCUAUCGCAAAGCCAACGCACUUCAACAACAAGUAACCAAUCAGACCAUCUACCUCUAGUUUCUCCCAGCCUUUCCACCUCCAGUAUGUCAAUUCAAAGUGAAUCUUCUUAUGGCGCCACGUCUAGCCCUGAUACUAGUCUAAACUGUGUCUAUGACAGCUCUGAUACACUUACCUCAAACGACACAACCCAGUCACCUCACGGAUUGUCCAGAUCAGAUUCUCUUUCAAGUGCUAAACGAACGUCUGUUGGAGAGGUUUUUGAUUCCAAUGUCAGCGAACAGAAUAAACAGAUUUAUGCGCCCGUUCCACCGUGCUAUGAACGACCUAUUAAUAAAGAGUGCUGCCUGAAAUGUGGUAAGAAAGUUUACGCCAUGGAAAAGCUUGGGCCUGUUAAAGAUUGCUUGUACCAUAAAUUUUGCUUCAGUUGCGUCGUUUGCGGAACCAUCUUAAAUGUGAAGAAUUAUCACGUUAAUCCGAACGAUCUUGAGGAUGUCAAUGUUUAUUGUACAACACACAUGCCUUCAAAUAAGAGUGUUUGUGUUGACGCUGCAUCUGUGUCUAUAAAAGGAGCACUGCGUGUUCCCAAACUGAAUAAAAUCAAUGAACAGAUUCGUGGUGGACCAGAUGCUAUGAAAGGAAACAAAAUAGACGCAGAAUCAGUAAGUGUUAAAACGGCGAUGAAUGCUCCUCGACGAGAACUAGAAUCCGAGAAAGUAAAAUAUUCAGGUCAUACGUAUAACUUGGACGCCGAAUCUCUAGGAAUGAAACAUGUGCCCGUUACCAAUCUACAGGCAUCCAACAAAACCCGGGAAUCUGCAUGGCAGCGCAAUGGGCGUCAGGUCGAAGGGGUUCCUUCAUUAGAUGUUAUCCGCUAUGACACACCUGCUCCGGAGUACGACUAUGACAAUAAAACUAGAAGAUACUAUUAUACCAAUUCGUAAAUUGUGAAAGUGCGGGACUUAAAUCACACUGAUCCAAAACGACAUGACUAUGUAAUGGCGGCAGAGAUGGUAAAGCAUUGCAAUUUUCUUUCAGCGAAGGUUUCUUUUGUGCUCUUCGGGCUAGAUAAAGGACAAGCGUGAUUACGUAUUUUGUGUUUUCCUGAUGUCUUAAAUAUUAUAUUAGAUUCGGUUAUGGGAAAUUUAACUAACGAUUACUUGGCAAGCAUGUGUGUAACCGCAGUGCUCUGGUCCUAUUUGUUAUAAUAACUAAGCUUAGAUUAUCCUAGAUUAAUGGAUAAUCGUAACAAUAUGGCAGCUGAUAUAUAAUAAUAUUUGUAUAUAUAUCUAGAUAAAUAUAUAUCAUAUUUAUAGGUCAAUCCCGGUUUUAAUAAGUAAAUGUUGAAUAAUAAGUAUAUACUUGUUAAUUGAAUAACAUAAUGAACCGCCAAAGAAAUUUUCAGGUUUAACAUUGUGGUGAAAUAGCUAUCAUCGUUAUCAUUCUGUAAUAAUCUAAAAUAAUCUGCCAGUCAGGGAUAUAUACUUGGUGUUCCUGUGAAUUUAACAAUAAGAAACUCAAACCAUACGACAUUUUCUUAGAUUUGGCAAUAUACAUUGUUACACAAUGCAGCUUGUGGUUUCCAUUUGAAAGACGUCAUUUCAGAAGCAAUAAGAAUUUUAUUUGGUGGUUUAUUAUUGAUGAAUUAGAGCUUUAAAUGUGUAAAUAAACAUACAUUUUAUCUUGUAUAAACUAAUAUAACGUGCCAUAUUGUAACCGAAAUAAUGUAGUUUGUAUUAUUAGUAUUUACUCCUAUAUUAAUGCUAAAGUUUUAUAUUUGAAUGCACAAAGUAAAUAUUACUUUUCUAAUAAAUAUUUAAAGCCAGUGACAAUAUGCGUGAAUAACAAGUAUAGCGUGGUGAUUUAAGCUGCGUUGGUUACGAUAAACCUGUCGGACAUGGUCAUAACAACAUUAAGUGUCUUUCUGCGAACAUAAAAUUAGUUUAUAAUAAUGAUUAUAAAUUCACCAAGGUUUUCAUGCUGGAAUAAAAAUUAAUAGAUUUAAAGUGUGUACCUUUAUCCAGAAAUAUCUUGGACAACGUUUGAUCGUUACAGAUAUAGUAUUAUAUAUUCAUUAUAAGUUUACAUAUAACGCUGAAGUAAAUUUUAUGUUGUUUUUUUUAAACUAACAAUAUUAUUAUUGGUGUUUUCUCAACCUUCUAAAGCAAAGGCAACGUGUUAACAAUAUAACAAUAACGAGAGAGAAGCGGUUACAUAUACGUUGUUGAUUAAAUUUAGUGGACCCCCCACGGGUCCUGUUCAUGGUCCACAACACAUUAAAUUACACAGAGGGCCGAAAAGGAAAACAAAACAUUUAAGUUCUUAAGUUGUAUCUAUUGAGAAGCUAUCAUAAACAACCAUAAUUUAUGUGUUGUUAAUAGUUUAUAAUGGGUCGAACUAAAGUAGAAAAUAACAAGUCGAUUAUAAAGUCAGGGUACCUUACAUAGUACAUAUGGUUUUAAUAUCUUUAUAUAAGGUAUAUUCAUGGUUCAACUGUUAUGUUGGCUUUCUAUAGAGAACUUAAAGUUAAUUCAUUAUUAACAUUCUUACUGUUCACGACCAAAACAGGUCAGUUUUAAUUACACACAACUGGCUGUAGUAUAGUUAUAUAUACAAAUUAAUUUAAGUAUAAAAAAGAAGUGACGUAUAUUUUAUCAAAGGUCGAGAGAAAAGAAUAUAAUUAAUACAUCAUAAUAUGGUAUAUUUUGAAACAAGAAUAGUAAAUUGUAGUUCGACCACUGGUAUAUUUAUUCCCGAACGUUGUAUACUUAUCGAUGCUUUUCUAAAGUGAUAUUUGUAAACUGAAUGCGAUAAAGGGGCACGC